GAAGAAGUGGUAGAGGUGGAGAUCGAAGCGGAGGGGGAUACAACCUCUGUGAUCCCACAGCCGGCCACACCGGAAAAAGCAGUCCCUGAAACUCCGCCUCCACUUCCUCCCGCGGCUGCUCUGGAUGCACAGGAGGCUGAGCCUAUGUCGGCUGGGGUGGACAACUCUGAGGAGAGGAAGCCAGCACGGCAUCACCUGCCACCCAAGCCAAAGAUUCGACCUCAGCCUUCGCCGUCUCCGAAGGCCGCCGUCCCGGUUGCCAUGCCACAGCAGGAGGAGACACUGCCUAGCAAGGCCACUGUAGAGAUGGACGCUCUUCGAGCUCCCGCUCCUGCUCUCGCUCCCACCACGGUGCGGAUCAAAGGCUCCAUUGGGCGCCAGUUGGCGUCAAGAGCGCGAAGCAUGGGACUGCAAUCUGCGGUCAAGUCCAAGGCAAAGCCCCUCCGACUCCAACCCAAAAAAGGAUCGGUGCCCUCUGCUCUCGCUGCCACUGUGGAUGAGGAGGCAACGACUACGGCGAUCAGUGGCACUCCCUCUUCGGGCUCCACCCCGCAUCCAGCAGUACCUGAUGCGGCCAGAACAGAGGCCCGGGAGACGGCUGCCAAUGAACUCCCCGCACCAGUGCUCGUCUACCCCUCGUUGGAUGGAACGCUGGCAGAGCUUGGUCCUCUCUACAGACGAGAAGCCACUACAUCAGAUGCAGCCACUAGCACGGAGGGCCCAGCCGAGUGGCAGGUUGAAGUGGACGGAGUUCGACGACCUCUGCCUGCUAUGCCGGAAUGGAUUAGGGAAGUCUUGGCACACAGGCCAGCCAUGGCAGCGCCUCCCACAGCCGCUUCAGCUCGCGGAGGUGACCAGAGUCAAAAGAUCGAGAAGUAUCAGCCCGGCCCGAAGCAGCCCUGCUGUGAACCUUUCAGCAGGGCACUGACGGCCGCCGAUGCAGACAUCCGGGAGGAGGCCUCUAGCCGACGCCCUCCUCCGGUAGACACGGAGACAGCUGCUAACCUCCAGCCUGCUGUACAGCCGGUAGAGUCUGCACUGACGCCCACCUCGCCAGCUGAAGGACACCCCUCUCUGGGCAGGGCGGAGGUUGGCCUCCGCAAGCAGCCACUGGGGCCACGCCAGGUGGCACUCCUAUGCUCGCCCAUGGCAAACAAGGCCCACACUGCUGAUCCAGCAGCGACUGCCUCUACAGGACGUCAUCCCGGCACACCAAUCGGAACUCUUGUGUCGGACUUCAGACGGCAUUUCCCUCGACCAGUAGCCUCGGCUGCGAUCGAGACACCCGUACACUCUUCGGAGACGGCUACAACUCACGGCACAGGGAAUCAGUCGAUCGCAAUCCCACCUGUCCCCCCAAUGAUCGCCGUCUCUCCCCCCGACCAGAGCUCUCCCACGACCUCCACACCGUCUACCGUUAUGGUGAAGAAUCGCAAGCGCCCUGGUCAGGUAGGUCGGCCGAUGCAGCUCAGCACGACGAUGACUAUGCUCCCCGCACUCACCCCCCUGUAG